AUGAUGUGCUACCGCAAGCGGCGGCCGCUCACCAUUUUCAUGCCGGAGCUGCUUUCCGAAGGCGAGCCCGUGUCGGGACUCACGCUGGUCGAAGAGAAGCUCGUCUCGCUCAACUCCUGCUAUGGGCACGUCAAGGGCCACAUCACAGUGUUUCCCAACAACGUGCAGGAGCUGGCGACCAAGGUGCUCCGCACCCCUUUGCAAGCACUGGACGAGAUCCACGUUUCGUGGCAGGGCGUGGAGAAGCCGGCACCGAGCGACCUGUCGAGUCUCUUAGGAGCAACCCCACUACGCCGAGAUCGAGAUCGACGUGGCGGAGAUGGAGAGUUGGGAGACCCGAUAGACGGGGUGCCGGCCUUGGUGUAUGAUCGCAUGGAGCGGAACGAGCCGUCCGCAUGGGAGAAAACGCGGACGGCGCACGUUGUGCCGCCCACGGAGCGCGCCAUGGACGACGAGGGGUCGGUGGAGAUCGAGGAACUCUUCGCUCUGCUCAACCAAAGGCAGGAAACGGGAGGCGAGGCUGAAGGGCACGGGCCCAACGAAGAAGGCGCGGGUCGUGAUGGAGUUGGUGCUAGCCCCGAUCAGAACGUUCGACCAAUCAACGAGGUGACGUCUUCCGGCAUGUUUGGGCUGGACGGACCGCCAGACGUGCCGACGACGGCCGCGCGGGCCGAGAACGUGGGUCGGAUCCUCGGUGGGGUCGAGGGCGUGGCGACGAUGGCAGUGAGCCAUACAUUCGAGUCUCGCGGGGAUGAGUUUGCCGACUCCUUUGAGACGUCCUUCUUCGCCAGAACGUUCCCGACCCUGUUCCCAUUUGGCGUUGGGGACCAAGGGGCGGCAGCGGGAGACAUCGUAUCCUCCCGAAGCUUGAACCUCCGGAUUUGGGCCGACAUCGUGCUCCGGCGCCAUGGUGGCCGGUUUGCGUUGCACCACAUAUUUGCAUUUCUCGUCUUCAACAUGGGGGUGCGGUCGAGGAACCGCCGCGUCAGCAUGCUGAGUGUGGCGAGGAAGGACUUCGGCAAGGUCGAGCGCGUUGCCCGCUCGAUGACCGCGCAAAGGAGCUUCUCAGGAGCCUCUCGCUGUACGGCCACCGGCAACCCAUGUCGAGAGGUUCGGCUCAAUAUGCGGCGGAAAAUCCAGUCGCUCAUCGUUGGCUACGGCGUUCCGGCCAUCUGGUUCACCAUCAACCCAAACGACAUUACGAACCCGGUGAAGCUGCGACUGGCGGCAUAUCGGACACGCGAUCCCGGCGCGGCCGAGGAGUUCCUAGAAGGCCUUGGGAGUGCGUACAAGCGGACAAGGCUGGCCAUGUCCGAUCCGAUGAGCGCCGCCGUAUUCUUCCACCGGGAGAUGAAGCUGUUCUUCGAUCAUUACGUGAAGGUCGGAGAAGACUCGAUGCUUGCCGACAUCCACGGGGAGGAUCAGGCGGCGUAUCGCGAGCGAAUCAUACGAUACGUCGAUAGUGUCUUCUCCGAGGAUCUGGAUCAGGAAGGGUUCUGCGCCGUGCAAGCGGAGCGAUCUGUGACGUCCGAUAUUUCCUCCCUGCUGGACAACACCGAGCAGUUUUCGGCCGCAUUUGACGAGGAGGCCAACUUCUGUGCCGGCGCUACACAGGUUCACACGCAUAGCCCGACCUGUGUCAAGUAUUCCUUGGGCAAAGGAGCGCGGAAGGAAUCCAUGCCGAUCCGGAGGACUCACAGCAUGGUCAAUCGAUGGAACAAGGCUAUCGCUGUUGGGCUCCGGCACAACCACGACAUUUCCUUCAUUGCGACGCAGCGCAAGACCAUGGCCCUUAUGUAUUAUGUCACGAACUACGCGACGAAGGUGGAGGACCCGGUGUGGAAGCGUGUGGCGGCCGCGGCCGAUCUCCUGGCCGCCUCAACGGGUGACGGCACGGCCAACGGAGGACAGGACGACGGUGGAGGUGCUGUCGAGGUCGUCGCUCAUCUUCUUGGAUAUCCGGCCGAGUUCACCAACAGCAGCGCCUGGGCGUACCUGAACACAUCUCUGCUGUACUGGGAAGUCUUUCGACGGUGGCCGUAUCUCCGACGAGCAAGUGGCGCGGCGGCCAUAGAUGAUACUCUGGAUGAGUCGGUGCUCAGGCGGCCGGGCAAGCAUGCUACCGUCUGCCUCGAUGGCUACCUGAGCAAGGACUUCGGCCACAACGACGACGAGGAGUCGUGCCACCGGAGCAUCUGGGAGCGGGCGCGAGAGGCGCUGGCCCCGAGAAUAUCAUGUCUCGUCGACAACGUGCAGCUGCUUCGACGAUCAGCCGAAGACGCAAAGCGCGACGCCAAGCAAUGGGCGGCCUCAUCCGGCGAUGGCGAUUCCACGGUCGCCCACGUCGAGGAGGGCGAGACAGGCGAGGCGGGCGCAGAAUUUGCAGCGACGUAUCGGUCCAACAACAUCGGAGACGCAACGCGCCUGAUCGACGUCGUCCGAGGCGCAGUGGGCACGAAUCAGGUGACGGCCAAGUCGCCGGAGCUCAUGGCAAUGAUGCGGCAGCUCUGUCGAUUCCAGCAAUCGGCGCUCUGCUCAACGGCCGAGCUCGAGGCCAUCGCGAUUCCCGAACAAGGGUUGAGGUGCAUAAGCAUGCCAGGGCGGGUAUUUUCCGGGGCCGCACUACCGCCGCAGGAUCAGGUCAAGGCUAUCAAGUCGCAGCAGAUAAGGACUGCCGCGGCGCAGAUCAACGGCAUCACGAUCCACUCCGCCUGCGGGUUCACUAAAGACCAAGGGGCGGGCGCGAACACAGCCAAGGACCUUGACGGGGUGCGGCUGGCAAAACGGGCGGAGCGGUUCAUCCACGGCCAGUCUCGGAUGGACUGGCAGGAGAAGGACGUGCUUGUCAUCGACGAGAUUUCGGGGAUCCCCAUCGUCCUCUUCUGCGGAGACUUUCAGCAGUUCCGGCCGGUCAAGAGAGACAACUCGUUCAAGGCCGAGCAGCGGCACCAGCACGACAAAGCGCACGCGCUGUGGAAGAGAUUCACGACGCGGAUCCGGCAGGGUGUGCAGGACCGCACGGAUCUGGACCUCCUCAACUCAAGGAAUCGGUGGAACCUAAACAUGGAGGCAAGCUUGGCGUUCCGGGUCCAGCAGCGGUCGACGAUGCGCAUCUUCAUCUCCGAGCACAAGUGGAAGGAGGGCCUGCCGACCGAGGAAGAAGCGAUCAUGGUACUCAAUCAAGGCGACGAUAGCGCGAUCCCCGUGCCGGCCGUCUUCAUGUUCGUGGCCGGGAUGCCGGUCGUCGUGAACCACAACACCCAUCAGGGGCUGAAGCUGGUGAACGGCGCCGGCUACUCGGCGGUGGAGGUCAUUGUCGACAAGGCGUCCCCAGGGCAUCGAAUCUCGUCCGACAUGACGAUCCACUUCGGGCCGCCGGCGGGAUAUUACUGGAAUCGGCGACGACAAAGGACCUCCACUUCGUCGGGAUGCCGCCGGGCACGAUCUUGUUAA